AUGUCUGGAAGGCCCGAGGAAGGACUUUACGGCAAUGUGGAGAGUCAAUCGUCCAAUGUCUCGCAGGGAGGUCGGAGAAGAACGAGGUCGGAAUUUGAGGGUGACACAGAUUACUCCUCUACGACUCGCAUAAGAUUGGAGGGAAUGUAUCGACCGCAGUGGACCAUGAGCAGCAGCGUAAAGGACAUUCUGCUGGAGGGAAGCACUCUCAGGACUGACAUGAAGCUGAAUGAAUUCAUUCGGAGCAACUUGGGCGAGGAGUGGGUUGUGGAAAGAAAUGGGAAUGUUAUUAUGGAGGCGUUUGUUCGGAGACCCAAUGCUUACGUACAAGACCAGCAGCUUCUUGAAGAGAUUCUUAACUUAACUGCGUACCAAGCGCUGAAAAUGGAGCUGGAGGAAAGGAAAAUACUAUUGGAGGCUAUUUAUAAGCUUCAUCACGAGGGUGUGUAUUUUCUCAGGCAAUGGGGGGAGCAUGAGGGAAAGGACACGGUCUCUUCUCAUGCAAGGGGAAAACUAAACGGAGUACUCACUGGGAUAGAGAUAGAAGAAAAAGAAAGGCGUGAUGCGGAAGGAGAAAAAGCAAGGCGUGAGGAAAAAGCAAGGCGUCAUGCGGAAGAAGAAAAAGCAAGGCGUGAGGAACAAAUCAAUUUUAACUUAACUCUCAGCAUUAAAGACGCAAUUUUUCAAGGAAGAGCUCGCGUCUAUAAAAUGAAGCUGAAUCGUUUUCUAAAGAUGGAAUUGGACGGCAGAGGCGUCGCAGACACCAAUCGGAGUGUUUUGCUGAAGGAGUUUUUCAAGGACCCCACGAGGUAUGUCCGCGAUGCGGGAGUAUUGAACGAAAUACAGGCAUCAGAUGCUUAUUUGGGGGCCGAGAGGGCUGUACGGGAGGAAAUGGAUAUGGAAAAAGAUUUAAGGAAGCUCCACUAUAAACAUUUAAGAACUCUGUUGGGGUGGUCAACAGCUACUGCGGAGAUAAGAGCAAGUGUUUGCGACAUCACCAAAAGGUUUUUGGAUGCAGCCCUUCAGGAAGCAAGGAACCCAACGACGACGAGUGCAGUGAUGAAUCUGGAGGGAUUGUACGAGUCUGUGUACAAUGCGAGGUGGCAUCAUGCGGUGGAAGUUGUUGGCGGCGAAAGGACGCAAACGGGGACUGGAAUGGAGGCGAAGGAGGGGAAACCGAAAAAGUCAUGGACGUACAGGGCAGUUGGUGACACUCUCGAAAAGGAUGACGCUGUGCAGCAAUCCGGUGCAGCACCUCCCGUGUUGAUGGUGCUCACCUCGGACAGGGGAUGGCCGUACACGCUGAAUGGGCCGCAUGGAUGUGGUAAUGACUUGUGUGUUAACUGCGAGGUGGAGCGAGUGUGGCAAAUCGUCCUUGACGAUCUCACCAAGUGGCUCAGCAACUCUGAUUUGACUCUCAAUCCUUCACCUUUGCCGCGUGUGUUGAUUGGGACGCCCGGGAUCGGGAAGUCGAUGAAUGCCGGCUCGUACCUCCUCUACCAGCUGCUGCACUACGAUGUGGAGAAGCUCCAAGUGGUUAUCCACUGUUUUGGAAGUGCGAUGUACGUGUUUGACAAAACCACCAAAACCGUGACAAAAUACAUGGGUAACAAAACAUCGAAGAGUGUUUUGGGUGGUUUGUGGCAGCGUGGGAUGAAAGGGUAUAUUAUUUACGAUGUGGCAAAGAAAGGAACGCCGCCCGACCCAGAUUUUGCGCCCUCCACCGGAUGGGGCAUGAUUGUGGUGUCAUCGCCAAACCUGGACAACUAUGAUGAGUGGAAGACGCAACUAAAAGCCAGUCGAAUCAUCAUGAAUUGCCCCGACGAGGUGGAUGUGAAGGCGAUGUGUGCGUGGAUGAAACGAGGUCUGGAACAAGAUAAGCAAGCGGGAUACUGGGAGAAGGUUGAAAAACGCAUGGAAAAAGUGGGGCCGAUUCCACGUCACAUCUUUGAUGAGAAUGAAUAUGGAAGACGCUUGGCUGCCGUUGAUGAUGCCUUGUCAGCGAUCAAAGAUACUGAUGUUGAAGAGUACUUUUCCAUGGGAGGAGAAGAGAAAAAAUGGUAUUCCAAGAAUCCGUGUCACAAACUCGUGAAGAUUGUCCGGGAAAGAAAAGUUGAAGGUACUGAGGUAUUUCUCAACGCAUCGAUAUGUACUGAUAUCGAGUUUCGAAUUGCAGACCGUUUGGCAAAGAAAAAGGGUGCGAAGGAUCUUUUGUUGCUAAUAUUGGCAUCGCGUGGUACUCUUGCUUCCCAACUUGUGGAACAAUUAGGUUUGCGCGCCUUCAUGUAUGGGGAGUUUGUCAUUGCAUUAUUAAAGGAACUCAAGGAGCUGCCGCCACCAUCGCCUUCCAAACCACGGUCCUCGGUGCUGAAUGUAAACCAUCAAGGGUACCCCACUCGUGCCGUUGGAUUAAAGGAACUGCAGGGUGGUGUCACGAGGAUUCCGAUGGAGUACGGGGUGCUGUACAUACCGAAGGUUGAAAACUUUCCGCUGGUGGACGGUUUUUUCUUUGUUGAUUCGCCGCGGAAGACGUUGGUUGGGCUGCAGAUUACGACGGCGGGUGAGCACCACACCAUACCCAGCACUGUGAGGCUGUUCAAAAAUAAUAUGGCGACAUAUUUUAAUGGUUGGGAGGAAUUAUCCCGAGACAUGUCGUGGGAGAUUGUUUACGUGCAGCACGAAAACAGCACAAUGAUAACGAACUGGCAGAGAUGCGGUCCCGUCAAUACCGAAAAUUUGAGCCUCGCUGAAAACGAGAUUGUGGCGUUCUGGAACGGAAAGGUACACCAAUACCAGUUUGCGUUGACAACUGAUUUUGUAAAUAAAAUCCGAGAAAUGUGA